GACGAGGAGGAGAGACGCGAGGAGCAAGUGGCGGAAAGCAGGCCUGACGGAGCGCGCAACGUGCGUGCCUGUGACUGCUCCCGGCAUCACCGUCACGGGUGUCACGGCAGUCGUCGACGGCGGUCGUUUGGGUGGUGCUCGCCAUCUCCACCAGCCCUCUCCGCGUCGUCUCGAACGGCUUCACGCCCGCCCGCACGCUCCCGCCCCCCGUCUCCCUAGUCUGGCUGCUCUAGCGUCGCGAACCUAGCCCUCUCGUCCGCUCUCUUUAUCUGUCUCUCGUUCCUCCGCCAUGGGAGUCCAAUUUGGCUCCUUCGACGACAUCUGCCAGACCGCCGCGCUCGUCAUCUGCCCGCUCGUCGGCUCGACACAGGGCAUCGAGCCCUCGUGCUAUAGCAGGAAUGUCGAGAUCUCGGGCACCCUCAUCUUCCAGCCUUCGACGGCCUUUGUGCACGUCGUGGCGAUAUUCAUGACCGGCAUUAUGAUCUUCCACAUUCGGAGCAAAUACACGGCAGUUGGACGCAAGGAGAUCCUCAUGUUCUUCUACCUCUACGCCAUUAUCGAGCUCCUUGCCUUCUUCCUUGACUCCGCUAUCAUCCCUACCGCCAACGUCAGCUAUCCAUGGUUUGCUGCAGUCUAUACAGGAUUGGUCGCAGGUGCCUACACCUGCCUACUCAUCAACGGCUUCGUCGGUUUCCAAUUCGCAGAAGACGGGACACCGCUGUCAUUAUGGCUCCUGCGGAUAUCGACGCUCGUCGUGUUCGGCGUGUCGCUCUUCGUCUCGAUUGCGACGUUCAAGAAGAUCGCGGGGUUCGACUACGCGAAGCCGAUCGGGCUCUGGAUCAUCUACAUCCUGUGGCCGCUCGUGUGCACGGUCGUGUACGUCGUCUCGCAGCUCGUGCUCGUGUUCCGCACGCUCGAGGACCGCUGGCCGAUCGGCGACAUCGUGUUCGGCGCCGCGUUCUUCACCGUCGCGCAGGUCAUCCUCUUCGCGUUCUCGGUGACGAUUUGCGACGCGAUCAAGCACUACAUCGACGGAUUGUUCUUCUUCACGCUCUGCAUGCUCCUCAGCGUCAUGAUGGUGUACAAGUACUGGGACAGCAUCACGCGCGAGGACCUCGAGUUCUCGGUCGGCUCGAAGGCGACGGUGUGGGAGGUCAAGGACCCGCUCCUGGCUGGGGGCCCGGACUACGACGAGGACUCGGCGAGCAACUACACGCACGGCGGGCCGCCCGCGAGUCUCGUCGGCGGCGUGAGCGGGAAGCAGCUGUACCAGAACGGUCCUGGGGGCCGCGGGUACCCGCCGUACUGAGCGGUGGUGCACGGUGGCCGGUUGUGAUGAGGACGGACAUGACGAUAUCUCUCUUUCGCAUCCUCUAAUACCAUAUAGUUGUAGCAUUCCUCGAUUGCAUUCGUUUUCGAACUCGUGGACGAUGGUGCUACGUACAUGGACACUUUCAGCGGCAGAUGUCGUACACAUCUUAUGCUUUCCACUCGUAUCUGCUCUGACAUGCAUGCAUACUCUACAAAGUGCGAGGGCUGCCGCUGUAACAUGUUUUCAACAGGUUGACUGUCUUGACGACGCACUCGUUGAUUCACACCAAUGAAGUAGGAGGAACACAAUAAAUUGAAACCACC